AUAAGUGGCUAGCCACAGUUCCAAGCGUUAUUUAUCGUGUUUUAUUCGUGUGUAAAUGUGUGACUGAAUAUAUUAAAAAUAAUGUCAUUAAUAACAACCUUCUCGAAACAUUUGAACAGGAUUCAACCGGGACUCAGUUAUACCAGCUCCAAUAUGCCUUGCCCCUUUUUGGCCCGUUUAAGCCAAAAUUAUAUCAGAAACUAUAGUCCUGUGUUGCUUAAAAUGUACGGGGCCCAGUGCCCUGUACUUUCCAGGAAUAUGAGCAACAUCGCCAACAACGAACACCAAAAAUCUAAUCAAGAAGCGUCUAAAAAUCCUUGCCCCUUUUUGAACGAAGUCAACGAUGUCAUCAAAGAAGUCAAGAAUGAUGACACCAUUGAAUGUGAAAAGAAAUCUGAAAGUGACAGCGUUUUUGCCUAUGACAAGUUUUUCCAUCAGCAAAUCAUGAAAAAAAAGAAAGAACAUUCCUAUCGUAUCUUCAAGAAAGUCAACAGGCUGGCAGGUCCGGGUCAGUUCCCCAAUGCAAUGGAAUACACCUGGGGCGAGAAGCCCAUAAAAGUGUGGUGCUCCAAUGACUAUUUGGGCAUGUCAUGUCACCCUGAGGUGAAAAAUGCAGUCAAGGAUGCCUUAGAGAAAUAUGGUACGGGUGCCGGUGGUACCAGGAAUAUUUCCGGUAAUUCGACCUUGCAUGAACAACUUGAAAGUACCAUAGCCAAGUUGCAUCAGAAAGAAGGCGCACUUUUGUUCACUUCCUGUUUUGUUGCUAAUGAUUCCACGUUGUUUACCUUAGCUAAAGCACUGCCAGGCUGUCACAUCUUCUCGGACGCCGGGAACCACGCGUCGAUGAUCCAGGGCAUCCGCAACAGCCAAGUAUCGAAGCACAUCUUCCGGCACAACGAUCCCCAACACCUUGAGGAGCUGCUCAAGAAGGUGGACGUUGGCGUACCUAAAAUUGUGGCCUUUGAAACCGUACAUUCCAUGUCGGGGGCUGUCUGUCCCCUGGAGGAGCUGUGCGACAUCGCCCACAAAUACGGCGCCCUGACUUUCGUCGACGAGGUCCAUGCGGUGGGCCUUUACGGACACCACGGCGCCGGAAUCGGAGAACGCGACCACAAGCUGCAUAAAAUGGACAUUAUUUCCGGAACUUUGGGCAAGGCUUUCGGAAACGUCGGAGGUUACAUUGCUGCCAAUGCAGUCCUAAUCGACAUGAUAAGGUCGUACGCCGCCGGUUUUAUUUUUACAACGUCGCUGCCUCCUCCCGUCCUGGCUGGCGCCAGGAAAGCCAUAGAGAUCCUGGCCUCCGACGAGGGCCGGGAACUGAGGAAAAAGCACCAGGACAACGUGAAGUACUUAAGGAAUACGUUGCUCAGGAACGGUUUCCCGGUGGAACACACGCCCAGUCACAUCAUUCCAAUCAAAAUCGGUAAUCCGGCCCAAUGUGGCAUGGUUUGCGACACGCUACUGAAGGAGAAAGGUCACUACAUCCAAGCCAUUAACUACCCGACCGUCGCGAGGGGCGAGGAAAAGCUGAGGCUGGCGCCUACGCCCCAUCAUUCCGUCGCCCUGAUGGACGAAUUGGUUAGCGACUUGAAGGAGGUGUGGACCCAAUUGGAGCUACCCUUCACCGGUCUCCAAUGUGAAAAAGAAUGCCAGUUCUGUCAGAAACCAAUUUUAUUCGAUUACUUCGAAAGUAGAACACGCAAUGUGCCUAACACCGUAAUUUGUCAAGUGCCGAAUUGUCCUCAACUAAUCACUGCCACAGCGUAAUACGUAUCGCUAUUAAUAAACGGGUGUUGGAAGUCUCUCUCAAGUAUUAGCUUCAGAUGUUUGUUCAUCUUUAAAAAUUACAAUGAUAAUAAAUAAAAUGCCUUUUUAUUUUUGUAUGUUUCUUUGAAGUAAAUAUAUUCUUGUUGCUUAGUCUUA